AUGGAAGAUGGCUUGGUGGUUUACGCAUCUUCCGAUGGGUCUGACUGUGAGGAUGGAAGUGUCAAGAAACCAUCGUCGACAACUUUAAAAUCGACAGUGGAAUCUCAACCUCACGUUAAACCACUUAUCCAACCAUCACUUGAAACUUCUGAAAAUGUCUCUGAAUUACGACCAACUGAUGGUCCUGCUUCGCUCUCUGUCAAACCUGUCACUGAGGAGCUUCCUUCAACAAUAUCGCCUGAGGCAGAUCAAGAUAACAAUAGUAAAAUCGACAUUACACUAGUGAGCAAACUCGAGAAAUUCAAAUCACUCAGAGAUCAAGGGAUUUACUUCAAUGAUAACUUGGUCAAAAAUAAAUCUUAUCGUAAUCCACAUAUCUAUACCAAAUUGGUUCAAUUCGUGGAUGUAGAAGAAACAGGGUCCAAUUUUUCACCAGACAUAUGGGAUCCAUUAGGCUUUCCUACUGAAGCUUAUGCCGACGCCCUGCGCGAGAAACAGCAGAAAGCGGCAGACGCGAAGCAGCUAUCCAAGUCUCAAGCAAAGCGAACUGAGAUUGAGUUCGAGGCAGGCUCAUCCGCCAAAAAACUUGCCCGAUCAUCCGAGAUUGACAACCGGAAACGAAACGAUUAUGACCGUGAUAGGGAUCGAGAUCGAGAUCGAGGCCAAAGAGAUAGGGACCGGGACCGGGGUCGUGAUCAUGACAGGCAAAAGGAUUCCAAGAGCGCAGCCAGUCGUAGUCCAAGAUGGCGCAAAUGA